AUGCGAACUUAUCCCCUCCGGCGACCAGAGCGUCAUCGGCCGCCGGUUCCACGAUGGCAACUUACCCUCUGCAAAGACGUACAGAAAGUAUUUACAGCAUAUAUCGGUAUACAAUCUCAUCACGGCGCUUCUGAUAGUUCAACAUUCGUCAAACAGGCAGUCCAGGCGGUUGAGGCAUGGCUCAGUACAAACACGGAAGAUAGACCGCUUUCAACCGAGAGCUUCAACCAUUUAGAUGGGGAUGACGCCCCGAACACAUUUGUUUGGGUCUGUUAUUGGGACGAUGCUGAAAAAGGAGAAGCAAGUCUGCAGAAACUUGACAUCGCGUCUCUUUACGCCAAACUCGCGCCAGAACACCGAAUGCUCGUUGGUUUAUGGAGGGAGAGCUUCACGACGCCUAUCUCACGCCUUGAAACAAAUUACUCUGGACUCGACUAUCUCCCUGGUCUGGCCAGGCUACCGAAGACUGGUACAAAAGAGCAUCAGCUGUCAGCAUAUUGGGGAGCGGCAAGAGAUCGAAUUCCGGCCUCCGCUCAUGACCUUUUUGAACAGGGUGGAGAUGCGAAGGCGUCAAAGCCAGAAGAUACCCCGGUCGGACUAGGACAGCACUUAAUUGGAACAAACUACGACAAUAUUGUUCACAUCCGAUCCGGUCAAUUUUGGGAAAACUGUUGCGUUGAAGAGGCACAGUCAUACGAGACGGAGCUGGAACCGACCUUGAGGGCGGGCUUGGGAUACCUGUGGGAAAAUCGUGAGAAAGGCGGUGCUAUGGGUUUGCGAUUCUUGGGCAACAGAGACGCCGAUGGCUAUACCAAGAAGGAGACCUGCGGUGCUGGGUUCUUCACGAACCUGAGUGCAUUGGAAGAGUGGUCCAAAACGCAUCGUUCUCACCUGGCUAUAUACAUUGGAGCCAUCAAACACGCGAAAACGUGGGGAGAGUCAAGGAAGUUUCGCACCUGGCAUGAGGUCUCGGUACUAAAGAAGGGAGAGGCAACGUUCGAGUACCUGAACUGCUCGCCUGUCACUGGCGUUAUGAGAUUUAUCUCUUUGCCCAGAAUUCAAGAGCUCAAGUAG